CGCAGUUCCUAUAUUCUUUUCUCCACAACAUCCUUGAUGUUUUCUCGCAAUAACUCUCCAUAAUGUCUAUAGUACACCCUGUCCACUCUCCCACAUCCACCUCCGGCCAAUUGCCUCUCCACCCAUAUCCGUCUUUCCCCGCCCAGCAACCCUACAGCUCACUUCCGCCAUCGUCUCCUAUGAAUCCACCAGACCCACAGCUCUCCCCCACAGCCUCGACUUCCCGCCUGUCUCCUGGAAAAGGCCAAUCCAGAUCAGCUCCUGUCAGCCCGGGCGGAAGACUGGCUCUGUAUGGAAUCGCCCCGCUUUCGAGCAUAUCGCCCAUACACCUCGCGCAGCAGCCAGAGAAUAUGCGCCAGUGGGCAUCGUCAAGUACCCAUUCCCCACCUCUCGACUCGGCAAGUUUUCGCGAAACAGACAGCUCUCAUACUGCCACUGGGGCCAAUGGCAAUGGCUCCAAACAAAAACCCCGUCCACGUCGCCUUGCUCAUCUUCGACGCUCAUCCAUCCCUUCCUCCUCCGCAACUGGCAGCGCGAAUAUAGGCGAGACUAGCAGCGGAGGAUAUCUCUCGGAAGAAGGUUUCGACUCGGACGCAACUGUCAGGCCCGCAGGGUCCAAAUACAAGCGCUCACUGAGCCAACCAGAUCUGACGACGCUUUAUGAAGGAAGGGCCAAGGGCUUGGAGGCGAAAGAAGGGAUGGGCAGGAAGGAUGUUAAGGGGUGGGUGGGCGAAGUAGGAAGAGGCCAUGUCGCCCCGCCCGCGGUGCCGCAGCAAAUGGGUCAUCAGCAGAGACAGCAGGAGAGAAGACGUCCCAGCUUCGGAAGGACAAGGAGUUCAGGGGAGGCGUUUGGCAAACGACCCGGCGUCUCUGACGAUUCUUGGCUACCAGCUGCUCCUUCUCGCUCGCCCCAUUCAAGGUCCCAGUCGUCCCUCUAUGGCAUGCGCAAAUCCCCUUCCCCACGCUCACAGACUCUAUCUAUCCCAACAAUGUCGCCCAUCAAUCCUCCCACCGUUCCGCUACCAGAUCAGUCGCCAAAAGUACAUCGUCACUCGCUCGCUGUUGUCUCUUCCCUUGAAGGAAACAUGUCCAGUGAAGGAGAUGAUUCCUCCGAGUCGGGAGAAAGCCUAACGUUUGCUCCUAAACGUACAAAAUCCUUGCCAUUAGGCUCUGAGCUUCGCCAGCGCUUGCAGGAUCCCCGUCUGUCAAUUAGCAAAGGAUCGUCUUCUUCCCGCAGCGACGACGGGGGGUUAGGCCUUUUAUUAGGCUCACCUUCUUCCGUCCCCAACACUACAUCAACGUCAGCUGGGUCCUUAUCCGGUCUGGAAACGACCCCGAAAACCGUUCCGCAACCCCUUCCCAAUGAACUGGAACGUAUGAUCCGCCGCUCCAGCUUACUGUACCUGCGGCUUUUGGCAAUCGUGCCCGCCGUUUGGGGCAUAUGUGUGCUGGCGCAGGCGCUAGCUACCGGAGGUCUUUGGGUAGACGUUUGGCCUUAUGGCGUGGAUCUGAGUAAAGAGGCUCUGGAGAGGUUAGUGGCCGGAGGCGUUAUGAUGGAAGGGGAAUGGAUUAGGGUUGACAGGGGUGAUAUGCUGCUCUGCAUCGCAUGGGCGAUUUGUACUGGCCAUUUCUGUUUUUGCUUGACUACCGGUCUCACGCAUCGAUGGCUAUCGUACUACUCUCUUCCAUCAACCAUCACCCGCCUUGCCUCACUUCAAUGCCUUUGUUGGCCUGCGACAUACCUGACUCUGUGGGUCCUUGGUGCUAGGAAUGCCCGUCCUUUGCUAGCAUGGGUCGUCAUUGGCGUGACUACCGGCUGGUCCCGGACAGUUCAGAUGUGGGUAACGAGCAAUGUCGUACCUGCCGACCUUGUCUCCCCUCUGGUGGCCACCAAUCUCAUUAUCACUCCUACCGCAAGCAACCCCGGUGUCAUGGCUGCUCGCCGAGGCUCAAAGCAGACAACAAUGUUACUCGGUCCACCACCUGAUCAUCUGCGUCAGUGGGAAAAAUUUGUAUGGGGGAGAAAAUGGGACUGGGACGCGGUCGCGAAUGAAGUGGGUUGGAAAGUUGGUGGAUUGUUGCUGGUUACGGCGGCGUGGUUGUUCUGGGGGAUUGAGUGUGGGAGCGUGAUCAGAGGAUAGGUGACUGUUUCAGUUCAUGACUAGACGGCAUUGACGAAUUGUAUAAUGGUUAUCUUGUAACGAGUCGUAUCAUACUCUCAACAUUAAACCCACCUGCCUCUACAUUUGAAUCUGUAACUGUAUAUCUAACAUAUCAUAUGCACAUUAACCUGCGCUGAACGCCAUUCCGCCCAGCUUUCUCAGUCAAACUCCUUGACACCUGCAUACCUUCUUCUCCAAUGUAAUAGUGGC